UUUCUCUCUCCGAAGCUCAGAAAUUUGGCCUUCUAAGCUUCAAUUUCCUUUGGGAAGUGAAAUCCGGUGCAGAAUUGGAGGCUUUAGUCAAAGAGAAAGAAUGUCAAGUGGAGCAACGCACUGGUGUUACGAAUGCAGGCAGCCAAUCGUGCUCGGAGGGAGGGAUGUUGUUUGUCCCUACUGUGAUGGAGGGUUCGUUCAAGAACUUAAUGAAUUGCAAGGAUUUGCGCCUCAACAUGCCUUUCCAUCAUCACAGAUGGGGGAGUUUCAUCAGAUGCCUGAUUUUUUCGAUGCUUUGCAUGCUUUUAUGGGGCGGAGGGGUCCUGAUCCAAGGUUUGGUUUUAUAGAUGCUGUGGAUAAUUUCAUGAGGCAGAGAAUGGCUGGAAGGCACCCCAAUUUUGAUGUUAGAGGGAGGUCUGGUCCUGCCCCGGGUCCUGAACAGAGUUGGGGUGUUGUUAGUUCUGGUCCUUAUUUGAUCUUUCACGGUCAAGUUCCUGGAUUCACCUUGGCUAAUGGUGGCAGUCCAAGAGGUGGUCCGAGGGGUGUUGAUUUCGGUGAUUACUUUAUGGGCCCUGGACUUGAAGAACUUAUUGAGCAACUCACCAUGAAUGAACGGCGUGGUCCACCCCCAGCUGCACGUUCUUCAAUUGACGCAAUGCCUACUAUUAAGAUCACGAGUGCGCAUCUUCGCCAAGAUUCACACUGUCCCGUGUGUAAAGAGAAAUUUGAACUGGGAUCUGAAGCCAGAGAGAUGCCAUGUAACCAUAUUUACCACACUGAUUGUAUUGUUCCUUGGUUGGUUCAGCAUAACUCGUGUCCUGUUUGCCGUGUUGAACUUCCACCUCAAGGACAUGUUAGUUCUCGUGGUAGUCGAAGUGGGGGUGGAAGGAACGCCAAUAGUAGUGGUGACAGCGACAGCAGCUCCAGGAGCAGGGAGAGCAGCCAUCAGAGCCAAGGAAGGAGACAUCCUCUAUCAUUUCUGUGGCCGUUCCGUUCUUCCAGUUAAAACAAUAAUCAUGGAAGCUUCUUCUAGUUCAAAUGAUAAUCAUGGAUAAUAGACUGUCCAAUAAUGCUUGUAUCUUAAAAUUCGGAGGAGAAAGAGCUUUUUUAAAAAUGUUGCAUUUUAAACUUUAUCUCAUGUAUGGAAGAUGGUAGAUAGAAGUUUGUUACAAUCUUUGUACAUGCAAUUUGCUUGCUUAGUUGAAUCUCUUUGAAACUUUUA